AUGUAUGGAUGGAGAUUCGGAAAACAUUUUAUAGGCGUUAAACAAGGUGAAAAUUUUUGCUUACUGGGUAUUAAUGGUUCAGGCUCAUCGACAAUAUUUAAAAUGUUAACUGAAGAAAUUUCAAUGACAAAUGGAAAUGCAUUUGUCAAUAAUUAUAGUGUUAUUAAACAAUUAAAUUCUGUUCAUCAAAAUUUAGGAUAUUAUCCGCAAUUUGAUGCACUUGAUUCUUUAUUAACAGUACGCAAACAUCUUUAUUUUUAUGCUCGUUUACGUGGAAUCAAGAGAAAGAAUAUUUCAUUUGUAAGUCUAGAAACAUUGAAUGAUCAUGAAACUUUGAACAUAUAUUACCCUUAUGAAAGAACAUUUAUGAUAAAGAUUUCAACUUUCUAUCCUGAUGCAAUACGAAUCAAAUUAGGAUCGAAAAAUAGCUUAUAAUGACUAUUGGUGGUUCAGUAGCUAUUUAGAGAAAUAGAAAUGCACGGUGUUAUUCAAAUCAGUAAUAGACGAAAAAUAAGUAUCGAAUAGAAUCUCGCUGAAUAAUAUAUAGAACACACUAAGAUUCAUCAACACAACCUCAGUUAGUAACUUAUACAAUAGUUAAGAAAAAUAGAUUGUUUCAAGACAAAUGGUACAUUAAUUUUCUUUAACUGGAGUAUUCGAUAGAAUUAGAUUCAGUAUUUAGCUAUCUUUAUCAUCCUUUUUCACAACUGACCAUACCCCCGUCUAAGUCCUUUACUACUUCAUAUGCUUUGAAUUUUGCCCAUAAGUAGGAUUCACAGUCCUGAAAACAUCCUAAUUUUAAUGUGAACAUAUUUAACCCUUAAAAGUCCAAUGUUCUUUCCAAGGAACAUUUGAAUAACUGCAGUAAAAACUUUAACAAGACUUUAUAUAAAGAAAUGAAUAUUCUUC